AUGUCUGGCCGCGGCAAAGGUGGAAAGGGUCUUGGAAAGGGUGGUGCCAAGCGUCACCGCAAGAUCUUACGUGACAACAUCCAGGGUAUCACCAAGCCCGCUAUCCGUCGUCUCGCACGCCGUGGUGGUGUCAAGCGUAUCUCCGCCAUGAUCUACGAGGAGACCCGUGGUGUUCUUAAGACCUUCCUCGAGGGUGUCAUCCGUGAUGCCGUCACAUACACUGAGCACGCCAAGAGAAAGACCGUCACCUCGCUCGACGUUGUCUACGCCCUCAAGCGCCAGGGCCGUACCCUCUACGGUUUCGGUGGUUAA